AUGGGCCUUUUAAAGAUAAGCAGUUUCAAAAAGUCGCGUCGGAAUAAGGAACAAGACCCAUAUGCGCCACCACCACCAGGGACGGCUGCAUCAGCAAAGGCACUGUCUUCUGCACCCGUGUCGAGUGCCCCGAAGCUCGAGCCACUGACGCUUGAUUUAGACUUUGAUACGAGUCGCUCGUCCGUGCCACUAGCUCCUCCACCCGCUGCGCCUUCUGGUGUAGCUCAAGAGAAUGCAUCGGCCCCAACAGUCGUGCGAAAGCCUCUUGUAGCAACUGCAAGCUAUGCAACGACUGCAACAGCAACUACAGCUGCGCCUGCUGGUCCGGGCGCUGGAAGCCUUUUCGAUGAUAUCUUUGCUGAGCUCAAGAAACCUGUACCUGCCGAGCAACCAUCAAGAGAUCCUGACUUGCAAAACGACUUGUCAAUGUACUUGGCUUUGUCGAAUUCGUUGGACCAUGGCGGUAGCACGACGGCCACAACAAAGAACCAAAAUGUCACUUCAAAUGUCACCACCGCUUCCAAAUUGGGCAAUGGACCGACAAACGCCGCACCCAGACCCUCCGACAUGUUUGGUAGUGACAGCAUUUACAGCAGCUAUCUCAACAAUUUACGCUUGACCGACGAUAACAACAGUAAUACGAUUACCACCAAUACCUCUUCAUUUAACGAUAACUCCAUGUUUGCGUCGCUCCUUAAUCCUUCUUCCAACACCUCUACUCAGUACCAGCAGCAGCAGCAAGCAGCACCUCCACCACCACCGCCAACAACCCAAAAAGUGCUAGAUUCCGAUGUAUCAGACGACGAUGAGGACGAUAAAAAGGACUCUAGUGAAGACGAAGAGGGCGAGAAAGACAUGCGCAUGACAAAAGGAAUGCAGCCAAUUAUGGCACGACGAGGCCAGGAUCAUCGCCUGAAUGUGGAGCGCAAAGUCAACAACUGGGCAACCCGUGUGGAUCCAGAAGCAGAGUUGAUCGAAAUUAAUGAAAACAUGAUUGAGCGUAUGAAGGAUCGACACAGACACCAAUAUCGUGUGGCUGCUAUGCGGCAACAGCAGCAACAGCAACAGAUGAUGUACAAUGUAUCUUCUCCACCCAUGCAGCCAGCCAUGUAUUCUCCCGGUGGCGGUUUGGGCGAUCCCAUGAUGUACCCUCCACAGCCUCACCCUACUGCUAUGGAUCCGAUGAUGUAUAAUCCUCAGAUGGAUCCGAUGAUGUAUAAUCCUCAGAUGGAUCCGAUGAUGUAUAACGGUGCCAACGGCACUAAUGGUAUGAUUCCCCCAGCAGUACCACCAACUGGUAUGCCACCUGUUCCGCUACCUCCACCUGCUCUCGCACAACAGCAAACUCCACAGUCUUCUGGGAGUUCUUCUGCGUCCCGACCACCACGUCGCUCAGAACCGACAUCGCCAGUCCUUACUGCAUCUACUGCUAGCUCAGUUUCUUCUUCGGAUGGAGAGCCUGUGCCAACGUCGUCUGCACCAAUUUCCAAAAAGAAGCACCGACGUCAGAGAAGCACUGGUUCAAUUUCAUCGGCAGAAAAUGUUGCAGCUGAAGCUGAAGCUCCUCCCGCCGCUACUAAAAAGACAUCCAAGAAAAGCAGCAAGAAACAGCAGCAACAGAAAGCCGACUCUGUAUCAUCCGGUCAUGAUGUCUCUUCUGACGAGAAACCUAUACAAAAGAAAGUGGAAGCUUUGGAGCACCAGUAUCAACAAAAAGUUUCUAACAAAAAGAAACAGGAUGAUGUCGCUGAACGCCAGCAAUCUACUCCAAAGAAGAAGCAUGCGGCAAAGACUGAUACAGUUUCGUCCAGUCAUCAGCCGGUAGUGUCUAGCAAGAAGAAGCAUCACGAUCAACAGCAACCUACACCGACGGAAUCUGUCUCUUCGACUCGUAGUCAUCACCAGUACAAAAAGAAACAGCAACAACCUGAGGCUGUUGUUGCAGCUCACGAUCAACUUCGUAGCUCGUCGACAAAUACGGCUCCACAACGACUAAAGCAUGCAAAGAGCAACCCAGACAUGCAACAACCACAACCUUACGCCGGUUACUACUAUCCUCAGCAUGAACUCCAGCACGAAUGGGACCGUAUGCAGGCAUACCAACGAGAACAACAGUUAAAACAACAGUACGUGCAACACUUUUAUGGCGGUCGCCAUAGAGGGGGAGGUCAGCACCACCCACCUUCCAUGAUGAUGAUGCCUGGCGGUUCUUCAGCUCACGUGCAAGCACCACAACACAUGAUGCCAUCAUCACCACAACUCCAACAUCAGCAACCUUUUCAACCUCAGCAUCAACAGCAACAGCAAGCAUACUAUCACCAACCUCAUCCUCAUCCACAUCCACAUCAAUCCUACUAUCCCAUGCGCUAA